AUGCCUGAACAAAAACCACUAGACCACGCAAAACUGCAACAAUAUGGCACCUUUCCAAACAAAAAUCCGAAAGACAAACGGUUAUUUUUCCAAGGUUUGAGAAAGGGAAAAAGUGUCAACGGCAGACCUAGCAGUUUUCUGUCAAUCGGUGGCGCGCCAAGAAGAGAGAAAACUUCUAGUAUGAAUUUUCCCAGAGACAUACUUAGAGGGGUUUAUCAAAUUACUCAAUCGAUAAAUGGGUAUACAAUCGAUUCGCCAAUUUUUCGAUUUAAUACAAAUGCUACUGUUUUACUUUUGAUAACUUUUUCCUUAGCUGUUACUACUAGGCAGUACGUAGGACAUCCUAUUGAUUGCAUACAUGCAAGGGACAUUCCUGAAGAUGUACUUAAUACGUACUGCUGGAUUCAUUCGACUUUCACAGUAACGGGCGGUCAAAAUAAAAAAGGUAACAGGGAUGGCUUGUCGUCUGCAGGAAUUCAGAAUAGCGAUUUGGAUCCUGACUUUCAUCUAUUCCCAAAACUAAAAAAAUAUGUGGAUGGAAAACGUUUUGGAUUAAAUGAAGAGGUAAUAGCAGCGGUAUAUGAAUCAGAAUCGUACUUCAGGACUGGAUUAAAGGGAGACUAA